AUGAACUGCAUAAGGAAGAAUUUAGUUCAUGACCAGACAGGUAUUUUUAAUGUGUUGAGCAAGCUUUCGAUCAGUGAUGGACUGGAUAUGAAUGAAUAUGUGUGUGAAGAAACACUGCAGAUGAUUUUUCAUGUGUAUAGAAGAAGAUUGUACAGAUCUGCAAGUGUGAGGAAGGUUCUUGCCAAGAUGGCAUUUGAUGAAUCUGAUGAGAUUGAGAAGAUGGUGUAUGAGAUGCUGUGCCGACGAAGGAUUGUUUUUAGAAAUUACUUGCUAAAGCUAUCUUUUAUGAAGGCGUUUCCAAGGUUUAAGCGAUUUUUUGUUGAUGAAGAUUAUGCAGAGUAUAGAAUGCAAGUGCUUGUGCACAAACUACGGUAUAUGGGAAGGGAUGUUGUAGGAAAUAUUGAGAAGGAAAUAUUGAGAAUACCUGAUGAUAAAAUAUGCGUGUAUCUUGAUGUGAUUAGUUCAUAUAUACAUCAGGACAUAGUUAUGAAUGUUAUGGAUAAAGUUGGCAACUGUGUAAAAGCAAAAGUUGGAAAAUAUCUUGAUGAGGAUUUGUAUUAUGAGAGGAUAUGUGAGGUUUUGCUUGGGGUAGGGAUUGAAGAGAAAGAGGAAAUACUACGUGCCAUGAUGGAUAUUAAUUGGGAAAGGUUUUAUCUGUCGCUGCUGGAGUGCUGUAGACAGAGAUAUAUGGACAGGAAGAGUUUUGAUGGGUUUCUGGAUGUUAUGCGAUUAAGUGGUGCUAGUAAGGAGAUGAGGAUUGCAUUGCUCAAUGGAUGGAUGAAUGGACUUGUGUAUUUCCGUAGACUUGGAGAGUUUGUAAAGGUGUUUGAGAGUGUUAAGGAAAGGAUGGAUGUAAAUGGAGUUUUUGAAAGACUGUAUGAUGCAAUACGUAGAUAUAAGAAGAGUGGAAAGCUGGAUCUUGAUGGAUUUUUUGAAGGAUGUGAUGGAAUGGUGAAUGAAAGGUUUGAGCUGUAUAGCUGGAGGGAGAUAUGUGAAGUGUACAGAUAUAAAUGA